CCGCCAACGCCUUUCCAUCCGAUCGAGCAAACGCGAACCCAACCCAACAACCCAAGCCUGGUUGCGCUGUGCUCGCCCCUCCCUCCGGCCUCGCCCCCUCACCGCCUUCGCUGCUCCUCCGGAGAGAACGACGAAGCAGACGACAGGGAUUCAUCGCCGGAGCGCGCGACGCCGUCCCACGCUCGGGCUCGGGAGAUAGGGCGCGAUGGCGGCGCCCCCGGCUAGGGCUCGUGCCGACUACGACUACCUCAUCAAGCUCCUCCUCAUCGGCGACAGCGGUGUUGGCAAAAGUUGUCUGCUCUUACGGUUCUCAGAUGGCUCCUUCACCACUAGCUUCAUCACCACUAUUGGUAUCGACUUCAAGAUAAGGACUGUGGAGUUGGAUGGCAAGCGGAUUAAGUUGCAGAUCUGGGAUACUGCUGGCCAAGAACGCUUUCGAACUAUAACGACUGCCUACUACAGGGGAGCAAUGGGCAUUUUACUUGUUUAUGAUGUCACCGAUGAGUCGUCAUUCAAUAACAUAAGAAAUUGGAUCAGAAACAUUGAACAACAUGCUUCAGAUAAUGUGAACAAAGUUUUGGUGGGAAACAAAGCGGAUAUGGAUGAAAGCAAAAGGGCUGUUCCCACUUCAAAGGGGCAAGCACUUGCUGACGAAUAUGGGAUCACGUUCUUUGAAACGAGUGCGAAGACAAACCUAAAUGUUGAGCAGGUUUUCUUUUCUAUAGCGAGAGAUAUCAAACAAAGACUGUCGGAGAGCGAUUCCAAGCCUGAGGGGGGUACUAUCAAGAUCAAACCGGAGGGGGAAGCCGAUGCAGCAGGGGCACAGAAGUCGGCUUGUUGCGGAUCUUGAGCUCUUGUCACCACAAGGAUAAGAUAGUGGUGAUACAGUGCUUGUAUUUUUCUUUUAUCCUUUCAUUCUUUGCGAGCUACCUUCUUUGUGUGUUAUUUAAGUAAUUGCAAUUGUUAGGAUUUGGACAAACGGGUGUGAAGUCAGAACGAUUAUUAUUGGUGGAAACUAACUCUUCUGUUGAUAACGAUUAGCACGAAACAACAGGGUGGCUGGGUUGGUGGUUUGGACUGUGAA